UGUUUGAUGGUGUGGAUUUGAAUAGCUACAAGAAAACGUGGGUGCAAUCAUUAGCGAAUGGUAAUUACUGGAUUGGAUUGGCGAAAGGACAAUUUAUGUGGGAUCACUCAAAUAGUUUUGUUAAUUUCUCUCAAUGGAGAGAUAGAAAUCUCAAUUUGAGUUUUUCAUGCUCCGUCAUCUACAACGACCAACCUAGCAACCUGAAAGUUUGGGUGAACCUAAAUUGUCCAAGAUAUUCAUACGUUGUUGUGUGCAUGAAAGAUAGCACACUGUUAACGACAACAACAAACAUUCCACCUUUCAUAGCAACGGAACAGGAGGUUCUAAAAAACCCAACUCUAACAUCUCCAGCAACAUCAUUAGAAAGCCAAAUAACAGCUCUAGGCAUUGGAGUUGGUGUCGGAGUGUCUUUCUUCGUGCUGCUGGUAGUAGCAGGUGUUGUCGGUUCAGUAGUGGUCUGCUUGUGGAAGAAGAAAAAAGGAUGUUUCAGAUCACUUACAGAAGUAGCGUCAACAAGAUACCAACCUGACGACAACGCAGAGAGCACAGACACGUAUGCAACAAUCGACACUAACAUCGAGAACAACGACGUUGACGAUUCUCAUGAGUACAAAUCUCUUGAAUAUAAACCUUAA